UCUCACAGUAUCACAUAAAGAUUACAAUAAUAAAAUUGUAAUGUGUCACAUUACAAUUAUAUUAUUAUGAUUCUGGCAAGCAUUUGAAAAUCACUGCAACACCAUCGUAAUAUUUCAGCAAUAUUCACGUAAUAUCUCAUCUGUAAUAUUACCAUGGCAUUGUUGUAUGAACAUUAGAUAAAUAUUAAUUGCGAAAAGCCCGCCCGUGUCCGGGAGAUCAUUCGAAAUAUACGAAUAUUUAGCAGAAAUUCAUAAUCACAAGUUAUGCCCGCGCGCAAUUAACCGUGUAUGGGCAAAAUCGUCCGCGGCGCGAUUAUUGCGCGAGGUAGAAGAAAUAUCGUUCUCGCGCACGUAAUUUUCAUAUCCGGCAGGUAUCGCGAUCAUAUCGCUCUCAACGCGGAGUUUAUAAUUACAUCGGAAUCGGCCCGACAACGAGGGGAACCUUGCGCCAACGAAUUGAAUUGCCGCGCGCGGACCAAUAUAUAUUCCAGGGGCCACGUUAUUAACUCGCGGGCUAUCGACCGAAUGAAGUUUCGAUCGCGCCCGUUCGGGUAUGAGCGACGGACGCGUUGAAAUUUACGCGACACGCCUCGCUAAAUAUCGCGCGCUUUUACCCCCGCGCUUGUCCCGCAGGGGGAUUUUUCCUUCCACGCCUUCGCGGUGGGAAGUGGAGAGGCGACUGGACGCGAAGUACGCGAUUCGCGGGCGCCUCCGACGCUUAAUGAAUCAGGAGAAAGUGGCGCGUGCUUUUUGCAUUACAAAUUUCCCCGCCUAGCUUUUACUAUUUUACAUAACGCGACCGUUCCUCCUUUUUAUUAUGCGCAAAACACCGGUUUUUGCGCGAGGGUGUCCGGUUGCGACGCGGUGCGCGGUCGCGUUACCACUUUCGUACGAACUUUCGUCGUUCCCUUUUGUUUAUUUCCCUAUUACACCCUCGUUACGUCGCGCCCCGCUUGCGAAAGGCUUUAAUAGGCAAUAUCAUCCAACUGUAUCUGAAUUUACGCGGCAAUUUCAUAAUCCGGCGGCCGCGGCGGCCGUUACGUCAAACAUUUGCGGUAAUAAUGGGGCACUUAGCGAUUUACUACGUUACCCCUCAUGAAUAUUAACAUUUGCUAACGGCUCUGUAAUAUUCGCGAUACCCGCGCGCGCGAAAUUCUUCGCCGGCGACUUCGUCACCUUCCCGGCAAGCGUCCCGCGCGGGGCGUCGUCGGAAUUAAAUGCCCGAGUAAUUCAUUCAAAUUACGAAAUGGGCCCCCGCGCGCACACGUUGCUUUACACAAAAACAUACUGCAGUAGCUGCGUAUCGUGGCAAAUGCUCGUAAAAAGAGAAAUUCUCCCUCCCUCUUAGGUGCAUUUCGCUAUUACCGCGAUUUAAAAAUGAGAAAACAGCACGGAAACGAUCCGAGAGAUUAUGAUAGAUUCACGACGCUUUCUAUAUCCUUCCUUUCUCUGGGCGAUAUACGUUACACUUUUCUCCGCGCUCAUGUUUUAAUGGUUAAUUCGCUCUUGAUGCGAGCGAUGAAGUAUGGGCGCCGCCCUACUUGUAUCUCGGAUGUUGAUAAAUGCCAUUCUUCGUAAGGCCGAGCCUUGCCAUCUUGCAGAAAGUGGCAUCUCGGUAUCGCGAACUUUUACUUUAAAUAUAUAAGGUAUUUAUUUCAAACGCUUAAACACACGGAAUUCCUUCACUUUCACUAGUGCAAUGCGCUUGUUAUCCCGCAUUAAUGAAUGUUGUAAAUAAGUCGUAACAUUGGACACAAUGUUGCUGAUAAAUUGACUUUUUUUCGUUACAGAAUUCCCGUCAAUGAUCUCAUAGCCCGCCACGAUGUCGUCGAUACUACUACUGAAUUGUGUUUUGGCGUGGUUGUUCGUCACGACAGGAGCGAUUACCGUAUCCGUAGAUCGCGCCGACAUUAAAACUCCACCAACGCGAUCGUCGAUGAUCGCGAAUGGAUGGCGGCCUCUGACCAAUUCCUACGAGGAAACGAUCGGCACGAACGUGUCGCCGUCGAGCCACCUGGAGAAGAACGUUCAGGUACAUCCCGUCCUGAGCAAGUUUCAGGAGCACAUGGCGGCCUCGGAGAAGCUGAAGCCGUUGCGGAAGGGCAAGCCGCCGGUUCACGAGUACAAUCCGCCGAGUAUACUCGGUAGCUUCACGGUGUUCGGGCACGCGGCGACGAAGGCACGCGGCGAGACCAAGACGCCGAGCAAGCACGUGGGCGCGGCCACGGAGACGCGGGAGUACACGUUCCUGAUACCACCGCCGAAGGACGCGUACCGUUUCGAGGUGAGCCAACACCGCAAGCCGAUCGUACGCGACGCAGGUGGCUACCUAGGGCGGCAGCCGCCGCAGGCGGCGGCCUACGUCGCGGCGCCGAGCGUCCAUCAGCAACCGCUGGAUACCGUGCGCGCGGCGACCUACAUCAUCAAGGGCUUCCCGAGCAACCGCCCUUACGUCCCGCCGUACGCCAUGCCGCAGUCGCUGCAGCCGCCCCGUCAACCGGAGAAAUCCGCGGCCCCGCCGUUCGAGUCCCUGAAGGUCGCCAACAGCGCCAAGCCGUACUUCCAGCCGCCCGGCGCCGACGUCCCGGGUGACUUCGGCAAGCAGAAGAUCGCCGGCAACGGCGGCGAUGUCUAUGACAGGUAUCAGGCGCAAUCUCACAACGCGCAGGUACUGAGCUCGGCGAGCACCGGCAACUUCUACAGCCACGUCAAUCAUCCCGCGAAUCAUCACUACAAAUCGACUUACGAGAGGGAUCCCGCCUUCCUGGUGCACGAGAGCCACGAGGUCAGCUACGUGACCCCACCCGGCACGUACAGCGCGUACAGCUUCCGACCCUCGUUGCCGUACGAGACCCUGCUGCCACCCGCGGUCUACUCGCCCCCGUCGACGCCAGCGUCCACCACCGCUGUCACGCGGAAUCCCAGCAAGUACGGCCAGACAAACGACGCGGCGCGGGAGCACUAUAACAAACAACGUCCGGACCCAGGCACGCGUAACAAGCAAGAGAAAGGCGGGCAGACCGAUUUACCUAAUCCCAGAACUACCAGCACCUACUACGUGUCGGAGCAGCAGGAGCACACGCCGCCCACGUGGCCGAAGAGCAAAUACCCGUCCGACAUCAACGAGGUGCUGCCGAAGGAGAAUCCGCCGGGCAAGUUCAGUCAAGAGGUCGUAAACCAGAAUCAGAUUACACAGGGCCCGAAGAUCGUGUACCAUAGACCGCAAAACCCCUUCGAGCCUGUUGCGGUCUAUCCGCCGACGCCAAUACCGGAUUACGAGACGCCGGAGAGCAUCUCGCUGAAGCACUUCAACGAGCAACAGUUUCUGCUGCAGCAACAACUGCUGCUGCGCGACCGGCAUCGAUUGGCGGAGCAGGAGCGCCAGAAGCUCGAGAUCGAGCGGCAGCAGCAGGAGGAGCUGAAGAAACAUCAGGACGAGCUUAAUCCUCGUUUGCUCGCGCAACGGCAGAAGGAGGAGGAAGAGGCGGCCAGACUUGCCGCGGAGUCUGCGAAGAAUCAGUCGCGGGAGAUCGUCAAGAUCUCGAGCGAGAUGCCGUACCCGAUUCAAUUGGCGCAAUUCGAACCGCAGGUCACCACAGACGGAAAUAUUUUGGUGUCGCCGCCUGGUAUCUACAACGUCGAACAGCUGAGACUUCAGCCUCAGAUACCUCAGAUUCCGGAGAACCAGGUGAAUCAGAAUUAUCAAUAUCAGCAGUACUAUCAGAACGGGUAUCAGGAGCAACAGGUCAAUUAUCGCGAGCCUCAAACCGAGACGCGGCCGUACCGUCCGCAGAAACCGUCCCGCGACCCGCAACGUCGCAAGAAGCCGUCGUCUAUCGCGCACGAACUCUCGCCGACAGAUCCGCCGAGCCAGCCGCCGGAAACCACCGUCCCCCUGACUCUGUACGCGGAGGAAGUCCCGAUUCAGACGACGGCGGCGCCGGAAGUGCAGACGACGGCGACGGCGCAGAGACUCAGAACUCGUCGGCCGGCCGCGCCGGGACGACGGAGGAAGCCCAUCGCGACGACCACGGAGGAGCCCGUCACGACGUCUUACGCGGAAGAGGACUUCCUCAAGUACAACAGGGAGGACGUGCAGCACAAUCAGCACGACUCGUCGCGAAGGAGACGGAUAAAGCCCACCCAGGCGAGCUACAACGAGGACGGAACGUCGACGGAGAAGCGGGGCAAUGUCAGGAAACGGCCGGCGAGUCAUCGGACGAAGGUGAGCCAGGACGGUGAGUCGUACGACGCGCAGAUCGGAGUCACGGAGAACGCGCACGAAUCCCUAAACGUUUAUGGACAGACCACGGAGAUCGCGCCGACGAGCUACGAUGAGAACAACAACCAAUACGCGACGAAUCAGCCGAGCGUGUCGUAUGGAUCGGGCCAGCUGAUCAAUCAGUAUUACGAUUACUCCUCGCAGCAGCAGCAGCAGCAGCAACAGCAGAACGAGGGAUACCGCGAGGAUCAGCGCGAGGACAUCAUCGAGGUGCCGGAGCAGGUGCCGGAAUACCUCGCGGAGAUCAGUCGCGACAACGUCGACACCCGCCAGCCGAACGUGAACGUCGUCACCAGCAUACCGCUGGAGGAGCUCUACGUGAAGACCGACGGUAACUACUACGAUCGCGCGACCACGGACGCGUCGACGACCGCGACGACGGCGACGGCGUUGACGCCGACGACCACGACGACGGCCGCCCCGCAGCCGGUGACGCAAGCUCCCCAGAUCGCCACCUCGACGUCCCGAUCGCACAAGAUCCGCCCGCUGAGAUACGGCAACGCCACCAGGCCGCGUUUCAGCAUCAAGGAUUACAAGAGCCGCAUGGACUACAAGACCAGAAUAGCCCAGAGCGGCGCCUCGACGACGGAGACGGCGCCGUCGAGCGAGGCCCUGACGCGCGCGUCUCAUCACACCAGGCAGAGGACGUCGAGCGCGAAGAGCCAGCAGGCGCAACCGACGGGAGCCGACAACGUCCGGGAAACCACCGGCAGGUACAAGUACGUCUCCAGGGUCAACUAUCGCACCACCACGUCGUCCCCCACGUCGGCCGCGCGGGAUCACGAACGAUACUCGGAGGAGGGCGCGUCCUCGACGACCGAGAAGAGCAGGUUCGUGCCGAAGAGACGGCCGGUCAGCGGCAACGUGUAUCGCAGCAGGAUCGCCACGACCACGACCAGUCCCACGCGGUCACAGAUCAACGGCGAGGCGAGCCAGGCCAGGCAGACGGCGCGGCCCGAGAACGUGUACUCGUCGUCGGUCCGCAGGCGGCCGGUCAUGAAGAGCAGGCUGCAGAAGGAGAGCAACGCGGCGACGGCGUAUCCGGACGGCAAGCGGCAGGAGGAGCUCUCCACGGAGAUGACCGCCGAGGAGACCAGCUUCUACUCGACCGCGUCGUCGAACGCCGGUCGCUUCGUUGGCAACGAGAUCGUCAGCGAGAAGGGAGAGGCCGCGUCGUUCGACGGCCACCCGGUGAAGCUCGGCGUGCAGGAGAGCAAGAGCCAAGGGGAAGCCACCGUUUCACGGAACGAGGAGACGAGAACGGCGCCAACCGGCGGCGACGCGACGACGACCUUAGGCGACGAGCCCGAGCGGUCGGGCGAUCUCCGGGUCGAGAAGUCCCCGGAGGUUUCGUCGACCGACGCCGGAAGCAGCGAGGACGACGCGGCGGCGCGGGGGGAGGCGCAGCCAGGUGCCACGGAGACCGCGACCAAGGAGUCCGAGGACGCGCGGUCCAAGGAGGAGGAGCUGUUCGCCAAGGCGUCGCAGAGCGUCGCGGACCUGACGAGCUCCGCCUCCGCUCUGUACGACAAGCCGGGCAUGUUCAAGGCGGUGUCGCCGGAGAGCAGGCUCAUCGCGUCGCAGUUCAAGAUCACCACGGACGAGCCGACGUUGCCCAUCGAGGCCUUCUUCAGGAGCUCACGAAGAGGAACUGACCGUAAAUCAGGGGGGAGUCUUGCGCAUUUGAAAAGAGAGAAUUUUACAAACGUCGGAAAAAAAAAACUCCGCGGGUUUCUCGAGGCGUUCUACCAACCCUGGUCUUUGCGGUAAACCUAGAAAGUUUCGAGAGACCGAAACCUAUGCCUUACGCGUGUAGUCUUACGUACUUAAUUCAGCCUCUAAAUUAUUGUCAUCGCGUCAUGUCCGUCGUGGAAAAUUUAAAUGCUCGGGGCGAGUCGUGUCGAAUCUAGUGCACAGACGUAAUCGUCGUUUCAAAACGUGCUCUAUAGGUAUUAAUUAGAAAAAAAAGGAUAACAAUUAAGCGUUAAAAGGAUCUGAGAAGAACCGUCGCUGCUCGACAAAACUCACGGAGCAGCCGCGCUUCUUCUUCCUGAAAAGAAAACGCACGGUGGCACAUUGCGUGUGCAAUAUCUGUUAAAAAAAAAAAAGAAAGAAAAUUGUUCGACCUACUCGUGUCCCGUGGUAAUAUUCCUUCAUAUCUUCGCAUCUUUACGUUAGGUUACUCUCAUUAAAGAAGAAAUACCAAAAGUAAGUUUCGCAAAUUAGACAAUAUAACAAUCAUAUCAUUGGGAACGCCUUAUUAGUGUAAGCAUGCGAAUCAUCCCAUUGUGUAUUUAUUUAAGAGAUCAUUCCCUAAAUCAUUUCUCGUCGCUCGCUUUUCCGUAACAUCGAGAAUAAGGACAUUAAUGAACGCUACGAGGUAUUGUAAAUAUGAAUAUGUAGCGUAGAACUUUCGGUACUAUCUCCCGAAAAUCGGUUUCGAAUUUAAUAGGAAGGAAAAAGAAAUAUUUUAAGUUUAUUAGAAAACUUAGCAAAAAUUAUUGCUAUAAAUGUAACACGGAUUUCCGAGAUUUUUGUAAAAAAAAAAAACUUUGUCUUUCUUGGAGAUCAGAAAUAAUUAUUUCGAAAAGAAAAUUAUAUUCCUACGAUAUGUUUAAUCAUCAUAAAUAAAGCAGAGAUCAAGCAGAGAUUCAUAGUAUCUAAUUCUGUAUUUUGUAAGCAUUUUGCCGAUUAUAUUAACUUAAUAUUUUUAUAUUCGAUUAAAAUAUACAUUUAAGAAAUAUGUACUAUAAUUAUUAUAUUUUUCUAAUAUCACUUUCAAUCAAUAAAUAAAAAUCCAAUUAAUAAGAAUACAAUUCGUGUGCAAAGAGUGAAAUCAUAUACAUAUAUAUUUCUGAAAUAUAUAUUACAUAACGUAACGCGUGCGCAUUUAACGAUACGAUCGAUGUGUUUAUUGUUCUUACGUUAUUUAUAAUGUAUCCGUAUAUAAUCAUUUUUUUAUAUAUUGUAAAUAAAUACGUCAGAUUAAACAAAAUAUAACGCAGCGAAGUGUAACAAGACAAAGGCACCCCUAACACUUACCUCGACCGACAACUGGAAAGUUAAGGGAACAUUUCAAGCACAGAGGAUUUCAAGCGCAAUUAAUAAGACAACAUCGUUUGAAACAUCGUAAUCACCAUUUGAUUUAAUAACUCGUUUAAUAUCAUUCAUAUUUGAGUUACGGCGAAUGGUUACAUACGUAUUAUCGUCAACAAGUAAAAUACUAUUUCGGAAUAUCUCCUUUACAAGAGUCACCCUAAAGCGCAGCGAUCUCUCCGUGAAACUUUUAAAGAGACAAACCGGGAGAGAUGGAUUUGCAAAGGUACAAAUACUUUCUUACGCGACGACGGUAAGUAUCUGGCUGUAAUGGAUUUUACAUCGUAUCGUAGAGGCAGAGUCUAACAACUCUCUAUCCGACCAAACCUCCCCCCCCCCCCACACACACCCCGAAAAGAAAAAAAAUACGAGACUUUAUUCUAAAGAAAAGCAAUUGGAUACUACCAGCAAGAAAUGUCAAUGUACGAUACAAUUUGUACUCACGAUACCUUGUUAUAUAUAUAUAUAUAUAUAUGUAUAUAUAUACGCGUUCCAAGGCGCGAAAAAGGAUCCCAAGUACAGAAUAGGCCCUGCGAAACUAACGUUAUAGGUACGGUCUUGUCGGGUUCUAGGAUUAAGUUAGCGGACGAGACAGUAUUUUACCCGUCUCGAUAUUCCCUUAGAAUAUACUCUGCCGAUGCACUCCCCCUAGAAUCGAGUUUACGUCUCUUCUCUCCCCCUACGCCAAUUACAAUACAUAUAUAGGCCUACGGGUUAUUAGUUCGUACCUAAUUUAGAAUAAUGCACAGGCCGUUCAUCUUCACAUUUAUAUACCGGCUAUACGCGUACUUACGUACUUCACACGUACAUGUGUAUAUGUGUAUGUUUUUUUUUUUUAUGCCUACGGUAUGUAAUUUUUACGCUGGCUGAAGUUUUGUGUAUAUCGUAAAACUCCAUAUAAUUGACAGUUAAAGUGUUUUACAGUAACUCGAGGUACAUACAGUUCGCGUAUAUACAAUAGUAUCAAACCAUAAGACGAAGUAGGCA